CUGUCGGACGUGUUGGUGUUUGCGUGUGUGUGUGUGUGUGAACGCGUUAGAAGAUUAACACGAAAAUAAAUAUUCAACAAAUAUAAUUGCAAAAAUGUCAACAAUUUAAUUGUUGCAACCAGCAACUAGGCCAUACAUACUAAUCGUGUGUGCGGCACGGAGAGAGAUUGAGAGUGAACAACAAUAACAACAAAUAUUGGCAGCAGCUGCUGCCUGGAAGGAAUUAGGCGAAAAAGCAAAAGCUAAAAAAAUAACAAGAACAAGCACAGCAACAACAAAGGCAACGAACGCUAGCAAAACACGCACACGCACACACCAACACACACACGCACACCAAGACGAAAACGCACGCACGCUCGCACACACACACACACACACAACAUAUACACAGCAAUUGCGACAGCGACAGAGACAGAGAAAAACAAAUACAAACAAAGGCAGCAGCAGUAGCAGCAGGCAGCUUUUCCAGAAAUUGGGUCGCGUUUAAUACACUUCUGCACACAUUUUUGCUGCGCGUGUGUGUGUGUGUGCGUUGUGUGCUCUUAUUUGUUAUGGCAACUUUGCGUACAUGCAUUAUUAUUGCCUGAAACACCCUGUAGUCGUCCAAACGUGAGCGAGCGUGAGAGUGAGCGAGCAAGCGAGUAAACAGCGGCCAUGAGCGUCGUUGGCAAACAACUGAAUCCAGUGCCCACAGCGGCAGGAGCGUCCAACAGCAGCAGCAGCGGGGGCGGCGGCGGCAGCAGCAACGAUCCCGCUGCCACAACAACGGCCACAGCCAGCGGAGGAACUGCAUCAUCAUCGUCGGCAUCAUCAACAGCUGCGGGCAGCGGCAACGAUGGCAACGGCAGCGGAAGCAGCAGCAGCGUCAACAAAUCGCUGCCAAUGAAUGUGACGCCCGACGAUGUGUUGCAUUUGAAUAAGAUCACCGAUGAUUAUCUGUGUACGGCGAAUGCGAAUGUCUUUGAGAUCGAUUUCACACGCUUCAAGAUACGCGAUCUCGAAAGUGGAGCCGUGCUCUUUGAGAUCGCCAAGCCGCCCAGCGAACAGUUUCCCGAUGGCCUCUCCAUGGAGGACACAAUGCUGGCGGCAGCCGAAGAGCUGUCGCUCGAUGACACUGCCGAUCCAAAUGCCGGACGCUAUGUGCGCUAUCAGUUCACGCCGGCAUUUCUCAAUCUCAAGACCGUCGGAGCCACCGUGGAGUUCACGGUGGGCAGCCAGCCAGUCAACAAUUUCCGGAUGAUCGAGCGACAUUUCUUUCGCGAUCGUUUGCUUAAGACCUUCGACUUUGAGUUCGGCUAUUGCAUUCCAUAUUCCAAGAAUACGUGCGAGCACAUCUACGAGUUUCCUAAUCUUCCACCAGACCUGGUUGCUGAAAUGAUAUCGAGUCCCUUUGAGACGCGCUCGGACAGCUUUUACUUUGUGGAAAAUCGACUCGUGAUGCACAACAAAGCGGAUUACGCCUACGAUGGAGGCAUUAUCGUCUAGAGAUCGAAAGAAAGAGACAGAGAGAGAAACGAGAGAAAGAAAGAGACAGAAAGAAGCUAAAGAAUUGAUUGAAGGAUUGAUGCUAAGAAAACUAAGAACUAAAUCUAAAACCUAGAGCAAAAAAACUAAACUAAAUAACAACCAAAAGAAAAAAAAAAACUACGAAGCUGACUCUCACACACACACACACACACACACACAUACAA